GCAGCUCUGCCCUUCUGCCUGAGCACUGGUGGUGGGGAGCCGAAAGGCUGGGGUGUCCACUGGGUCAGGAGUGUUUGGGUGGCAUGUGCCUCUGGGUAGGUAACUUUGGGCUUGUGCAGAGCUGCAGUGCCUCUUUUUUUUUUUUUUUUUUUUUUUGGAGGGAAGGUGUACAUCUCUGAUUUUAACUCAGACGUGUCACCACUUGAUGAAUUUUCUCUUUUCUUUUGGUUGCCUGUGGCAUUUGGAGUUGUCAGGCCAAGGAUUGGUUCCGAGCCACAGUUGCAGCAAUGCUGAAUUUCAGGAUGAAAAAAAUCUUAGGUUCCCUAGUUACUUUGUUAAAAUGUUGGUAGUUGUGUUUUGUUUUUGUUUUUGUUUUUUUUAAUGGAAAUCAGUCCUAAUUUUUAGUUGCUUCAAAUUGUUGCGAUUUACAGGGAAGACAUAAAGAUUUUAGGUUUUUCCCACGUAGUUCAAGCCGAGGAGAAGGCUAAGGCAACGUCUGUGUUAGAGGUCUCUCUUCCCACGCUUCAGGUUUAUUUGCAGAUGUAUUUUUCUUGUACGGUUUCUGGAUGUCAGAAAAAAAUACAGUCUUUGUUUCAAAACAGGCCCAGAAGAGAAGAGGGAUUGGCGAGAGGCCGUGGCCUCCCUUCUCCAGGUCCUGGAGGCCUCUGUCUUGAGAGUCCACACCAGACCCAGGGCGUUCCCAGGAUGCCUGUUCCUUUCGGCUCAGUUAGUUCUCAGUUGCUUAGAACAAGACCAGAGGGUGCAGCGUGAGGUGAUCCAGCUCUGGGGACAGGAGCUGAUGAUGGAGCAGGUGCCGGAGGGGCAGGGGAGGUAGAAAGUGCCGUGCAGGUGGCCAUGGUUGAGAAAGGCAGCCAGCCGCUCAGGUAUUUAUUGAGCACCUCCUGUGUUUCAGGCACAGUCUCGUUUGCAGGGGCACAGCAGUGAACAGAACAAACUCUUCUUGCCUUUGCGGAGCUUUCUUUCUGCAUGACCUCUGGCCUUCUCUGUAGCAUGUUGGGCAUGUGUCAGCUUUGGGAUGCAGUGAUGAUGGCUGGCCACCUAUCAGCAAGCUGCAAUAGGACUGUGGUCCAGGCUUGAUGAAAGGUCUUAAGUCCAGGAAAAGGGGGCUGGCCUUUCAGUCUUCUCGACCUAACCUGGGAAAGGCCCAGAGCUUCCUUGGCUUUGGGAUGGGGGUGGGGCAAAACUGGGUCAUUGUUGAAAACAACAGGCAAUGGGGCUGUCACCACUGCAAGGCCUUGCCAAGAAUGUUAUCAAUAGCCUCCAGGUGCCCAUCAGCUGGAGAUGCCAGGCACACAGACUCUGCUCCUGCCUGCUGCUUGGCCUUUGGCUCUGCUUUUAUGUCCUUGUCUGAGGCUCUCCCUUAAACAUCUUCUGAACCCAGCAACUUGCCUCUGCUUGAAUAGCACAACAGUGGAGGUAGGCAGGCUACCAUCCUGGGCUCCAGAGUCUGGACAGGUGCCCAAGGCAGGCCCCUGUGCAGGACAGCCAGCCCUGGAUGGUGUCCUGUGUUCCAGUUGGCCCUGGGCAGGUGUUCUGAUCUCUUCAUCGUAUAGAGGCUGCAGAAACUGAGCUACGAGUCCAGGGGUCAGGCGGCCCUGCCUACCCCCGGUACACAGGUGUGCCUUGUCGGGAGAGGCUAGUGCAGCAAUGCCGUGGGGACAGGGGCCUGGAGAGGCUCAGGAAGGCAAGAGUUGGUUCUGGGUGGGGUGUGGGAUCUAGGUGGAGUCCCUUUGCUGUGUGACUUUACCCAGGCUGUCACCCUCUCUGAGCCUUAGUCUCCUCACUGCCAAGAUGGUUGUCAGGGACAGUGGGUGCUCAGGCUGGCUGGUUUUUUGCAGGGUAGGCAGCAGGCACCUGGGGCAAGAAAGGGUGGCACCAAGCGGGGGGACACUCCUCGGAGGGAAGGGUCCUAUCACCAUCCAGAGAAAAAAACGAGCUGGAGAAAGGUCACCCAGUCUGUCCCUCGUGGCCUGUGUCUGCAUGUGUGCGUCUUUAUGUGCUCAGGCAUGUCUUUCCACGUGCAUUUGAUGUGUGUGUGUGGUGAGUAUGUGUGGCUUGCACCACUGCCCUGGGGAUGGCAGGCCCAAGUGUUGACAACCAGGGUGUCCCACUCGGCUUACCUGGUUCAUGGCUGAAGUCAGGUCCUGCAGGAACAGUCUGAUUUUCGGAUUAGUUGCGGGUGUUCUGAGAUGAAAUAACAUCUCUUCCGGAGAAAGGGAAGCACAGGCGGAGAGCAGGUUGUGAAAAGGAGCACCCAGGCACGCUCCCUUGGAAUUUCUGGGAGCCCUGCCGUCAACCCCCCUCCUCAGCAGCUCCUGGGCUGUGGGGCUGCAAGCACAGCAUGAGGUGCGAGGGUGUGCCGGGGCCCUCCCCACCUUUGCCCCCAGCACCCAGGCCUCGCCUCAGCUCCCUUCCCAUCUCCACUUUCCAGGUGAGACUCGGUCCGUGCCCCGCUGUUUGUCUUUUUAGGGCCACACCUGCGGUAUAUGGGGAAGUGGCCAGGCCAGGGGGCGAAUUGGAGCUGCAGCUGUGCCUGUGCCACAGCAGCAUGGGUCCUCACCCCACUAAGCAGGGCCAGGCAUCGAGCCUGUGUCCUCAUGGAUCCAAGUUGGGUUCAUUACCACUGCGCCACGAUGGGAACUUGCCAGGCCACACUUUUGAUCUUGUAGUGGGCGGCGGAGUUGCCGGGAACUCAGAGCAGGACCAUUGAGCGAGGCUUUGAAGGAUGAGUAGGAGUUGGCUGUGUGUGAGGGGCAAGGAUGCCUCAUUGUUCUAAAAUUUGGUGAUGUGGAAGCACCGAGAGGCAGCCGUGAUUGUACCAGCUGGCCCCUCGGGCCCCCCUCUGAGCGCCUGGCCAGAGCACCUCCCAAGGCCCUGACACAGUCACAUUGGGGGUUAAGGUUUCAACAGGAGUUUGGGGCAGGGGCACCGACGUUCUCUACAGCAUGAGAUGAGGCCCUGCGGCCCCACGGGCUCUGUGCCUGCUGUGUGCCAGGUGCGCUCCUAGGGCAGGACUCUGGUCUGCAGCCUGAGGAGCCACGUGCAGUUUCAGGCAACUUAAGACAUGGACACAGGGAUGUGUGGGGGCGGGCCGGAAGGAGAAAUUCAAAAUGGUAAGUGUUCUGUGUCUGGGUGCUGCAACUGGGUUUUUCUUAUCUUCAUUUUCCGAUUUUUCAACAAGGAACAUGUGUUGUUAUUUCCUGCGUUUGGCAGCCUGAGCUCCCACCCCCCACCUUCCGGGUCCCUCCCCUAUGCCAGGGUCCUCCGUGCGCUGGGGGACGAGGGAGGGAGGAUCCGUUCAGGUCUCGAGUGCAGCGCCUCGAGCUCCGAAGCCUCUUGUCUCCCUCUGCGAAAGUGAGCAUGUGCAGUGGAACGCUGUGGGGAGCUGGCCGCCCUUGAUGCCCCAUCUGUCAAAUGGGGCUGUCUGGGUUCGUGGUCACCAUCGCAGCAGACCCCAAAGAGCUGUCCUGGGUGCAGGUGGGGCUGGGGGCCGGCCCUUCUGUCUCCUUUUCUGAAGCUGUGUGGGUCUGGCUGCCUUCCAAGAGGGUGACACGGAGCUUUGGUGAGGCGGCAGAAGGCGCAUCAGAUUGACCUGCAAACAAGACACUUGGUUCUUGCUUUUCAGGCGCACCCAAGGGGUGAUCCCACCUGCCCAGUGCCAGGGAAACUGUCCCCUGAGUCCUGCCUCAUCUGAGGCUGGGGUGCCACCUCCCACCUCCCCCAAACCCGGCCGUGUCUUUGUCCUGUUGGUGUGCUCCCAGACCCCAGGGUCCUCUUCAGAGGCCUGGUGGCAAAGACCCAGCCCCGAGGAGCUGGAGCUCAGUGCCUGGUGCGCACGAGACCUGGUCUCUGCUCCCUGGUCCUCGGGCCCCCUUCACCUUAAAUCUCCCUGUUCCCUCCCACCACGGCUUUUGGCCAGGUGUGGGCCAUAUUUUUAGGCAGGAAUACGGGCUGGGAAGGGGUUUCUGCCCCUUCCACAUGGCUUCUGAGCCAGGGUCAGGGGGUCCAGGGUGCGGCUGAAGCUCAGAGUGCAGUAGGGUCAGGCCUGUUCUGAUCUGGCUGCGGGAGCAGGUGUGGGAGGCCCCAGACCCUUGCUGCCCACAGUCCAGGCAACCCCCAGGACAGUACUAGAGGUUCCAGACAGGCAGUACCCAACUUAUCUCCAGCCCCAGCCCAGCCAGGUGCCUGCAUACAGAAGGCACCUACUACGUGCUUGUUGAAUGAGAUAGUGCCUGGAGAUGGGGUCAGGGAGCCCCGGUAGAGGCGCCGAUUUGCUGCUCCAACCCGGACCUAGGCUCAGGGCAGCUGGGGGCCAACCCCCCGGGCAGAUCCCAAGGCGCUGGGGCGGGGGGGGGGGGGGGCGUUGCUCAGUCAGGGAGGGUGCACCCGGCUAGGACCCCAAAGCCAGGCAACCCUGGGGCUAGGGACGAAGGGGGGCUGAGGCCUCUGUGUGGGGCCCGCUCCUGCCCAACCCCACCCCUCCGUGGCCCCUUCCUCAGUCCCACCUGCCCUGCUACGUGUGCCCAGCUCGGUAGGUGUGCAGGGAGGGGAGCGCAGCCACACCUGGGCCGGCCAUCAUCUCCCCGUGCAUCCGCCGCGCUGAUUCUGGUCUGGGAUCCCGUGGUGCGCCCAGCCGGUCCCAGAGCGCUGGCGCCGGGAGCAUGGGCGCCGGUGGGAAGCUCGGGGCAGUGGCGGCGGCCCCCAGGGUGGUGCCCUGCGCCUCAAAGGUGGAGCUGCAGCUCAGCCGCCAGCACCUGCUGGACCGCGACCCACUCACCAAGUCCGACCCCAGCGUGGUGCUGCUGCUGCAGGCCCAGAGCCAGUGGGUGCAGGUGGACAGAACCGAGGUGGUCCGGAGCAGCCUGCACCCCGUAUCCGCCAAGGCCUCGCUCCACUACUACUUCGAGGAGGCGCAGAGGCUGCGCUUUGAGGUCUGUGACACCCAUGGGCCCGGCAGCCUCAGCUGCCAAGCCAGUGACUUCCUGGGGGCCAUGGAGUGCACCUUGGGGCAGAUGGUGGCCCAGAAGGUGACCCAGGCACUGCUGCUGAAGUUUGGCGGGAACGCUGGCAAGUCCCCCAUCACGGUGACAGCUGAGGACGUCUCUGGGAACACUGGCUGCAUGGAGCUCUCCUUCCGGGCCAGGGAGCUGGAUGACGAGGACCUCUUCAGCAAGUCGGACCCCUUCCUGGAGCUGUACCGGAUCAACGACCAGAGCGAGCAACCGGUGUGCAGGACAGAGGUGGUGAAGAACGACCUGAGCCCCUGGCGGCCUUUCAAGGCGUCUCUGAGCAGCCUGUGCCGCGGUGACGAGUCUCGGCCUCUGGAGGGCCUCGUCUGGGGUUAUGACUCCCGCGGGAAGCACGACUGCUUCGGAGAGUUCUCCACCGCCUUCGAGGAGAUGCAGAAAGCCUUUGGGGAGAACCAGUGGGACUGUGUGAACCCCAAGUACAAGCAGAAGAGGCGCAGUUACACGAACUCGGGCGUGGCCUUGCUGGCCGACCCGAAGGUGAACCGAGGGUGCGGGUGGGGAGGGACCCCAGCUCGUCACUCUGGGGCCUCUGCAGGUGGCCGUUGACUUCACCCUCGGAACAGCUGCUCCCUCCACUAUAUCAACUCCUUCCAGCCCAGCGAGUACCUGCAGGCCCUGGUGGCCGUGGGCGAGAUCUGCCAGGACUAUGACAGCGACAAGAGGCUCUCUGCUUUGGGGUUUGGAGCCCAGAUCCCUCCCAAGGAUGAGGUGUCCCAUGACUUUGCCAUCAAUUUCAACCUGGAGGACGGCAUCCAGGGCAUGGUGGAGGCGUCCCAGAACUGCCUGCCCAGGGUCCAGCUGUAUGGCCACCACGUGGCUCCCAUCAUCUCCAAGGUGGCCUGCACGGCUGCAGCUGAGGAACGCAGCGGAGAGGCUCCUGUAGGUGGUGGGCGGGCACUGCGGGGACCGCGUGCCUUAGAAGGUGUGCCUGCUGCUGGGGAGGUGGGACCGGAUGGGGGUUUGCAGAGGUUGACAGAGCAGCCCGCGGGAGGCCCUGAGGCAGGGAGCGAGAGGCAGCUGGGUGGCAGUGGGGCUGAGAGACCAGGAGGCCCCAGAGCCAGUGGGGCUGACCGCCCCGGAGUCCUCCGGGUCCACCUGCUCAUCUCCAGCCAGGACCCUGUGCGCGGCCGCAGUUCGGCUCUCAGGCCCACACCCUGCUCUGUCCUCGGGCCGCCCGUCACCCGAGCCGUGCUCACCGCUGUUGCCCCUUCACCCCGUCCCACCUCGAUGCUGCGGUUCCUGAAUGGCACCCUGGCACACCCGCCUCGUCCACCAGCGACGGCUUUUCCAGGAGGAGAAGGGUUAAAGGUCAAGGACUUCGACCUGGCGGUGGGUGUGUCCUUCCUGCUGGUCCUCACGGCCCUCCCCUGUCCCCUGCGAUGCCACCUCCUGCUCAUCCUGAGCAACGAGGCGGCCGCGCAGGAGGCCGUCGUGCGCACCGCGCACCCGCCUGUGUCCCUCCUCGCCAUGGGUGUGGGCAACGCGGAUGUCGCUGACAAGCAGGUCCUGGACAGCGACAACGGCGCCCUGCGCUCCCUGCUCUGAGACAUCGAGCCGUUGGUGCCCUUCCGGGAGCUCAAGAGCAAAUGCCCAUCACGGGACACACUCACGCCCUCCCCUCUGUGCCCGGAGCAGGGGCCCGCCCGCAGUGCCAGCUGCAGGCUGGCUGCCCCAGACACGGUGUUGUUGAUGGGGAGGCGGCAGUGGGCACUGGCGGCUCUAGGGAUGGAAGCUGGGGUGUGCGCAGGUCAGGACGGAGGCUGGAAGCAUCCCCCCUUCACCCGCCAGGUCUCCCCGACGGUGCUGGCCAAGAGCGUGCUGGCCGAGGUGCCCGGGCAGCUGGUUGAGUAUUGCAGCCCCAAGGAGCUGCCUCCAUGAGACCUCAGCGCCCACCGUGAGGCCAGGACUG